GUGGGAGGGAUUGACAGCCAGCCAGUACCGCUUCUAGUUUAGCUAGUUUACUACGUGCUUUUUUAUUGAGUGCUCAACCAAGGAAGCUAGUGUGAACUGUUGCUUGGCAUGCGAACAGCAUAUAUACCUUUCAAAAUCGAAAAUCCACUGUGCCCAAGUAGCUAAACGACUGGUGAGGAGUGAGUGAGUGUGAGAGACAGAAGGCGAGAAGGAGUGGUCGUCAUGGCAGCUGAGGCGCAGAGACAGCGUUCUCUGUCUACAUCAGGAGACUCGCUCUACCUGGUCCUGGGGAUCGACAAGAACGCCACGCCGGAGGACGUCAAGAAGUCCUACAGGAAACUGGCUCUGAAGUUCCACCCAGACAAGAAUCCAGACAACCCCGAGGCUGCUGAUAAGUUUAAGGAAAUCAAUAACGCCCACUCCAUCCUGAAUGACUGUACCAAGAGGAACAUCUAUGAUAAGUACGGAUCCCUGGGACUGUACGUGGCCGAGCAGUUUGGAGAGGAGAACGUCAACACCUACUUUGUCCUCUCCUCCUGGUGGGCCAAGGGCCUGUUCAUCUUCUGUGGCUUAGCGACUGGCUGCUACUUCUGCUGCUGUCUGUGCUGCUGCUGUAACUGCUGCUGUGGGAAGUGUAAACCGCGGCCGCCCGCGGAUCAGGAGCCAGAGUUCUACGUCUCCCCUGAAGACCUGGAGGCACAGAUGCAGUCUGACGAGAGAGACGUUGGUGGUGACCCCAUCAUGGUGCAGCCAUCCGGAACAGAGUCCACCAGGCUGACGUCAGACAGCCACUCCAGCUACCGGACCGACACCGGAUACAACUAAACACCCCCUACACCCCACGCCCUUCAAGACUCGGUCCUGUCCGAGAGAAGGUUUCUUUGGCUGCCACUUGAAAUAUUAGCCUGAUAUUAUCAUCAAAACCCCAUUUCACUCUGACAAACACAAGCAUAAUUCCCACCAUCACCUCUAUCCACUGGCCUCUCCGUCUCCUCUAUCCGCUGGCCUCUCCGUCUCCUCUAUCCGCUGGCCUCUCCGUCUCCUCUAUCCACCGGGCCUCUCCGUCUCCUCUAUCCACCG